AUGAGAGGGAGCACGCGCAGCCAGCCUAUACACAGGGGCGCGCACACCGGCUCCCCGGACUCUAUCAACUUCAACUUCCUCCCGAGCCUCUCAAGCCCCCCGGCAGCUACGGGCUCGUCUUUCCUUCUAGCUAUGGCGGAAGGAUGCUCUAGCAAAGAAGGGCAGGGAACCCCAGAACUUUGGGGGCGUCAUAUUCUACCCACUCAAUCGCUGCUUGUCCGGUUUGAGCACUUUAUAAAGAAUGAGCUCCUACCAGCGAUAGAUACAGACCUCGAGCAGUAUUCACUAGAGCCAGGCGAUGUAUACAAGCUAGCUCUCGAGUUCACGAAGAAGCUAGAUUUAUUUCACAAGAGGGGCAGCGCCGAGCGGGAUAUCAAUAUUGUCAUCGUCCGGAAGGCAGUGGAAGAAGAGCCAGAUCUUCGACCAGACCAGCUCAAGCAGGAGCCGGGAGCCCGCGAUGCCCAGGUUGCCCGCGAUGCCUAG